CUGGGGGGAAGAGAUGCACCAGCCCCAGCCACUGCUGGCCCUACUGCUCCUGCUCUCCUGCCCAUGGGCCACUACCGGUGCUCUGCGGGGUCAGAUUGUGGGAGGCCACGAGGCUCAGCCCCACUCCCACCCUUACAUGGCAUACCUGAAGAUUGGUAGGUUUGCCUGUGGAGGCUUCCUGGUGGCCCCUUCCUUAAUGACAGCUGCACACUGCCUGGGGAACAUCACGGUCAUCCUGGGGGCUCACAGCAUCAACAAACCAGAGACGACCCAGCAGAUCCGGGGAGUUCUCAGAUACCACUUGCACCCUGAAUAUAACCCCAACACGAUGUCCAACGACAUUAUGCUCCUCAAGCUGACAGCGAAGAUCACUCUCAACAAGUAUGUCAAGACCAUUGCACUUCCCAAGACCAGCAGUGAUAUCCAAAUGGGCACCAGGUGCAGUUUGGCAGGGUGGGGCCUGAUUGACAAGGACCAGGAGACCAACAAGCUCUUUGAAACCAAAGUCUCCAUCUACAGCCGCAGGAAAUGCACCCGCUUCUACCCAGAGCUCAACAAUGGCAUGGUCUGUGCUGGCAGCUUUCAUGAGCUCAGUGACUCCAGCCAGGGAGAUUCUGGUGGGCCUCUGGUGUGCAAUAGCAUAGCAGAAGGCAUCGUCUCCUUUGGGUACGACAACCCUCCUGGAGUCUACACCCGUGUUGCCAACUACUUGCCCUGGAUCAGAAAAACCAUGAAGAAGUAG